GUGAUUUCCUGUCUUGAGGUCUUGAACACUGCGAGUGGAGUUGACAAGUGGAAGACUUUGGGAGUUAGCUCAUUUUCAUUUGCAAGGAAUGCAUUAGGGUUUAUACAUCGCCUUGCCUUUUUGUUGUUGAAUUCAGAGGAAAUAAAUAUUAGAUAUCAUAUUUGAGUUGAAUAAUAUUGGAGUUAUUUUGCUUGCGAAAUGGGCGACUCAAGUGAUGGAGAGUCUGGUUGUUUAUUCAAUGCGAUUAUUGGAGAUAUGAAGACGAUGAUGCCACUAUGGGAAGAUUUCUUGGUCAAAGCUUCAAAGUUCUACAAUGCCGUAAAGUCUUCUGCAUAUGCUGCAGAUACAUUCCUAGAUUCUUUUCAAAAGUUGGCAGAUGCAACUACAGCUUCAAAAGGCUCAACACGCGAUAUUGGUGUAUCAUUUACCAAGCUAGUUAUGCGCCACAAAAGCAUAGAGCACAAACUGAAGGCUUAUAUUGGAAUCUUGACUGAUAGUUUUAUUGGACCAAUGCAAGAGAAGCUUGAAGAGUGGAAAAAGACAUCAAAUCAGCUGGAGAAGGAUCACACGAAAGACUUCAAGAGAGCCAAGAGUGAUGCAAAGAAGAGUGUCGGAGAAGUAAUGAAACUAAGGAAGAAAGUUAUCAAAAAAGAUGAUCUCUCCUCAGGUCGCACAGAAUACCAUGGUCAGUACACAGAUGCGUGGAAGUUGGCAAACAUCCAGAUUGCUGCACUUGAAGAUCAAGAACGGCAGUACUUAAGAAAGCUGAUGAUUGAAGAGAGGUCACGUGCAAUAUUCUUUUUUAAUUGUUAUCGACCGGUUGUGGAGCUAGAAUUAACGCUGAUUGGAGAGAUUGAAAAUCUGCAGACGAUUUUGGAAGAUACCACUAAGCAAUGCACCAGUCCAUCAAAGUUACCCUUGGCAGCUGAAGAUGCCAUAAACAACUACAAAGCACCUGAGAGGAUUUCAUUGCCUAAAACUGAAGUUUCGAGUCCUCCUCCAAGCCCGACCCUCGAAAGCGCCAGACAGCGUGCGUUCACCAGUAUCCCAAAAGGAAACCAAAACAUCCAACGAAGCAAUACCGUUUCUGGUUCUUCCUCGUCCGGUUACAGCACGCUUAGAAAAAAAGGCUCCGGAGGGCCGGCUCCUAAACCUGUUGGGAUUCCACACCCUGUUAAGUCACCAUCGAAGAGUGCAGAUGGUACCUUUGAGGGUGACUCGCAUGAAUCACUGCAUUCGUCCUCUGGAACCGUUUCAAACUAUUCGUCCAUGUCGUCUCUUAGCACAGCUUCAGGUGAUCAUAUUGCGCCAGACCAAAAUCCGGCGACGCAAAACCCGGCAGCUUACGGGGAUGAAAUGAGGGAGCAGGUUGCGUAUUACACACAGCAUGACGCAAAGGCCGUCCUUUCUGGAGCCGGCGGCAUGGCCAAUGUUAGCACGUCAAAUCCCGCCACGCGGACGUCCUGGUCCAGCCUCGAAACGUCAGAUUCCUCUGGAGUUGGAUCAUACAUCUCGCUGAACUCCCAAGGCCGUCCACAACAUGGAUACGACAAAAACAAUGGAUACAACAGUGAUGGACAGUAUGAGGAAACAGAUGGACACCCUGUUUAUGAUUUUGAUGACGAUAUUAAUGUCCAAAUGGCAAACCUUAAUCAUGGAUCUGUCCAGAUGUCUCAGAAUUUCCAGCAGCAAUGCCAAAAUUUCCGGCGGAACACAGAUUUUUCAUCCAGUAUGCGCGGGACACGCUCCUCUGGCGCCCCGUACAGAAGGUCAAAUAGUAUCACGGAAGGGGAAUCGCCUAUGGUUGAUUAUAAGAUGACGCUGCCCAGUCGCCGAUCAAACACCGUUUAUGCUAAAAAUGCGCCAACAGGUGCCAAACCAACCGUCUUCCAGUUGUAUGGAGCAGGACAAACGCCAUCUCAGCUGAGGUCCCGUCUCAGCCCCACAGGCUCUCCAGUAAAGGCCGUAGCCCCUCCAAACAGAAAGAUUUCAUCGCCUCCAAAUUUGAUGAGUGGUGGCAUGAUAUCACGACAACAAAGUGCCCCCUAUGUAAAACCGUCCAUGAGCCCAGAAAGCAGUUUCGAUAUUGCGCCGAGUACAGCCGGCUUGCAAGGCAUGGUUGGCAAGUCUGCACCAGCUUAUCCCGUUUCAACUACAGCGGGUAGUGAGUAUGCAUCGAGACAUAUGGCAAUGUCUGGUAAUGAAGGUGUCCAUUAUGCUUAUAGCAGUCAAAGCAAUGAUUAUGCCGUACCAAGCAUUACGAAUUCCCAGCCUCAAGCAAGGAAUCAAGAGGAUUUCCCUCCACCUCCUCCUCCGUUGCAGCUUCAAGAAACCAAUCAGUACCAAUUACACAUGCAGCAGCAACAACAAAAUCAGCAUUACCAUGCUCCGCAGCAGCAUCAUCGCUCAGCAAGUGGGGGCCAAGCUGCCAUGCAUCAGCAAAACUAUCCUGCAUCACAGCUUGCACAGAUGCAUCAGCAGCUACAACAACAACAGCAACAACGACAACAGCAGUACCAACAGUACCAAGGCCAUCAGCCUCUUCCACAACAUCAACAACUUCAUAAGAAUCAAACGCAAUAUAGUGGUGCACAACAACAACAGCAAGCCCAUUAUUCCUAUCAGCAGCAAACCUCUCAAUAUCAAUCGUUUGAGCAGGGACCCUUGUCGUAUUCCCGACGUGAUAGUCAUUCAGCGGAUGACGAUAUGCCAGUUGCUUCUCCAGGAUCAUUUCUGGAUGAACUUCAGCAAAAAAGAACUAUAGUACGGAGCAGGACAAUGUCAGCUGGUUCAAGCAGGCCGUAAUUACAUUGCAUCUAGUACGUCCCCAUUGGCUCUAUUGCCGCUGACGGAACUCUAGUAAGAGGCAGGAAAUAAACAAUCACUUUUCUGCAGAAGGCAAUUGCCUGGGUCAGAAGGUAUUAUGAUGCUCUUGUUACAAGUUGAUAGCCUCGCAGUCAUUACGAGGCAUUCAGACUUGCUGCUUUCAAAGGAUAGACUUUCCUGCGAUCUUUAGACUUGCGUAAUAAGUGACGUAAAUUUUUAUAACGCAAGCUUAAUUAGCCAACGACAAUGUGUAGACGAUGGUUUUGCCAUCUAGGUACGAGCUUCCAGCACACUGAAACCAGACUGAGAAACCGAAUUUAGGGUGUCAGGAUAGGUUGCUGACCACGCUGCACCCAUUCGCUCAGUUGCUAGUCACUCUAAUUUGUUCGCCUUUAGCACACAUUUGGUCGAGUGUCUAUCAAAGCAGUAACAUGACAUUUCUUCCAAUAUGUCAUUUACGCCUCCCUUGGUAGUAGCGGGAGUUGUAAAGAUUUUAGAAUUUAGAGACAAAUUUCAUUGCUAAUAAAUAUACAUAUAUAAAUGUAACUAAAUAAAUUGCAAGUAUUUAAAUUCCCUUGUUUUCGAACUUCUGUGUUAUAGAAACUUUUUUGCUUAUUUUUGUUAUUCUCUAGGUAAGCGAAUUCCUGCAUCCUUAUAAAUAGUUUUAUAAAUUGUUUUUGUGAAUUAUCGUUGCUGGAUGUAUGUUGAAAGAAAAUGGGCCGCUUGAAUCAUUCUGUCGAAAUUUUAUUCCCCAAAAGUUAGAAUCGAUGUCAAAACAUUUAAAAACCAUGCUGUACUUCUAAAAACUUUUUGUAGCUAUGAAAAUUUAAGAUCUGUAGCACUUAAAUCUUUGCAGGAAGGGGGUGUUACGCUGGCUGUUCCAUCUCCUGUUCCUGUUGUUAUAACUUGCCACAUUCUUUGCAAGGCUCACAUUCCAAGUGACCAUAAAUUAACCAUGGAAAGGCGAAUACCUUGUUACUAUUAGAAAGGUAUCACACAAAAUAACGUUGGUUAGAUUCAUAAGAACUUCUGUCUUAUUUUGCUAGAAAACAACAUUUGAUCAUUUUUUCGACUGAUUUAGAGGGUCAUUCACCGUAACAGAGAAUUAUGCACUUUAGAAACGUCAAAUAACAUAACCAUUUGUACAGAGACACUUUCAAAUAUUUCGAUAUCUCCAAAGAACUUCAGUAAACAAAAUGCAAAUUGUCCUUAAAUUCUUCAUAAAGAGCUCUUGUAAAGUGUCGAUUGGCUGUUUUUUAACUUUUUGAAGAAUCACAUUGAUUAGUAUAUCAAAAAGGUAGAACCUGAAGAGCAUAAUUGAAAUGGUUGGCUGAUUAUAAAUGAAUAGACAGAAAUUUAAGCAAUCUUACUUCAAAGGCUUCAAGGUGGUAGCUUAAAGAAAAAAUGGCAUUGAAAUGCCAAUACCACGAAAACGAUUCAUUCCCAUCGCGUUUUGGUCCUUAUUAUAACCGUCACCCUUCAAUAUAUCAGCACGUGUAUUCUGAUUGGCUGUAAAAUACGUUUAUUGUCGAAAUUAAAGUUUAAGUGUAGAUGUUAAUUUUGGUUUUAUUUUUAAUUCGUCUUCGUUGCCUCUGUAUUUGCUUAAUUAUGAAAAGAAAAAUAUUGAAAACAUUUCAAAGUAGCUCAGA